AUGUUUCAGGCAACAGACAAAGGUGAGCCCGCGAUGACUAGCUUUGCCAUGGUCCACAUCGACAUCGUCGACGUCAACGACAACCCACCGCGGUUUACGCAGCAACCAUCUGUUGUAAAUGUCACUUUAACUGAAGGUGAAGAACCUCAGGAUCCACUGCUGGUUCGAGGAUUGGUGGACAUAAACGGAACCGUGUGGGCGUCGUUUGGCAAUUUCACAAGUAUCGCUGGUUCUUAUGUAGUGACGGUCACCGCUUAUGAUUUGGGGCGACCGUCUCUGUCAAGCAGUUUAAACAUAACUGUGUUCGUUACGUCUGUCGACUGUUCUCAGCCGUCGCUGCUUCGCGACUCAUAUUUGAAAGAAGUGGAUUCUGCGCUGCCUAUCAACAGCACUGUCAUAAUGUUUCCUCAGGAAUUGUCCUGUCCACAAAAUUUUGCAAUAACAGGACGUGACGACGACUAUCUGUUUGGAAUCGAUAGCACCAUCGGCCGAAUCUACAUAAACAGACAAAUUCGUCCGCAGGAAUUGAACAAAACAUUAAAUCUAUCGGUGACCGCUUUCAGCACCCACGCCGACAAAGAAUUCAAAACCUUUGUAAGAACCAUGAUGCAUAAAUUGACAUACUUGGUCUAG